AUGGUUGUAAUUUAAAUUAUGCGCAUGCAUGUACGUACUCAUCAAACAAAUAAAGAUUCUGCGGAUGGGUGCUUAAUUAAGUGGCAUGUAUCAUGUUGAGAUCAGGGCGCAAGAGCAAGCUCUGGGUGAUUCCAGUUGUUGUAGUUACUGUAUUAGCAGCAGUACUUCUCUGCUUCAUUUUUUACUCCCCUUGGUUCAGAAAGUACAGGAAAGGUAUGUUCAUCAGAUCUCAAGAAUUGCAGGGAGGAGAAGAACUAGUUUUGGACGGGAAGAAUUCAGAGUUCAAGGUGUUCGAUUUUGAACAGGUACUGGAGGCCACAAAUAAUUUCUCAGAUGAAAACAAGCUUGGAGAAGGCGGCUUUGGCGCCGUCUACAAGGGCCAGUUUGCUGAUGGAAUGGAGGUAGCAGUCAAGAGACUUGCUUCACAUUCAGGGCAAGGUUUCACAGAGUUCAAAAAUGAAGUCCAGCUCAUAGCCAAACUGCAACACAGUAAUUUGGUUAAGCUCUUGGGAUGUUGCUCUCAAGAAGAGGAAAAAAUAUUGGUUUAUGAAUACCUGCCAAACAAAAGCUUGGAUUUCUUCAUCUUCGAUGAAAAUAAAAGAGCAUUACUGGAUUGGCCCAAACUUCUCGCAAUAAUCGAGGGAAUAGCACAUGGGCUUAAUUACCUACAUAAGCACUCCAGGCUGCGUGUCAUACAUCGAGAUCUUAAACCAAGUAACAUUCUCUUGGACCACGAAAUGAACCCAAAAAUUUCAGAUUUUGGUCUAGCAAAAAUAUUCAGCUCAAAUAACGUUGAAGGAAACACUACAAGAAGAGUAGUUGGUACAUAUGGCUACAUGGCACCUGAGUAUGCUUCGGAGGGCAUCUUCUCUAUCAAGUCCGACGUAUUCAGCUUUGGUGUACUUGUUCUUGAGAUCAUUAGUGGAAAACGGAAUUCCGGUAGCCAUCAGUGUGGCGAUUUCAUCAAUCUCAUUGGAUAUGCAUGGCAAUUAUGGGACGAUGGAAGGUGGAUUGAUCUAGUUGAUGCAUCUUUGGCUCCCAAGAAUCACUCGGCAGAGAUGACGAAGUGCAUUAAGAUUGCACUGUUAUGUGUACAAGAAAAUGCGACUGAUCGACCGACCAUGGCAGAGGUUGUUGCAAUGCUAAGCCUAAGCAGUGAGACGGCUAUGAUCGUGGCUGAGCCUAAGCAGCCAGCAUAUUUCAAUGUGAGGGUCGGAAAUGAAGUGACGUCCACAGCUACUGAGUCAUGCAGUAUCAAUGAUGUGACCAUAUCGGUCACAACUCCAAGAUAGUUUUUUUUUCCUUCCAAGUGGCAGACAUAUGGGUUCUACACUUCUACCAUCAUCCCAGUCACUGACUCAUCACUGCAGUAUCUAUAUACUGUUGUAGGAUUGUACUCUCUGUGUUUAAAUAAGGGUCGCUAUGGUAUUUGUAUCCGUCAAACUUUCUUAGAUUUGAUUAGAUUUAUACAAAAUAUUAACAACA